AUGGACUUCAGUAAAAUCAACUUAAGUAGUUAUGUGCCAGCAAUGCCUUAUAAAGUUCGUGAACUAUUAGACAAAGCAACAAAUAUGGUUAUGAAUUAUACAGAAACAGAAGCAAAAGUUGUAGAAGCAACUAAUGAUGAGCCUUGGGGACCAUCAGGUAAAUUAUUACAAGAACUUUCUCAAUUAUCAUAUUCAUAUGAACAUUUUACUGAGUUAAUGGGUAUGCUUUGGAAACGAUGUUUUGGACAAGAAAAAAAAUUUUGGCGACGAACAUACAAAUCAUUACUUGUUUUAAUCUAUCUAAUAAAAAAUGGUAGUGAUAAAGUGGUAACAUCAGCUCGGGAACAUCUGUAUGAUUUAAAAAGUCUGGAAAGUUAUUCUCAUCAUGAUGAACAAGGCAAAGAUCAAGGCAUUAAUGUACGACAUAAAAUAAAAGAAAUAGUUGAAUUUAUACAAGAUGAUGAUCGACUUCGAGAAGAACGUAAGAAAGCAAAAACGAAUCGAGAUAAAUAUGUUGGUGUUGGCAGUAAUACAUCAACUACUCGUUAUGGUGAUAGUUGGAAUGAUUAUGAUGAUUCAAAUAGUGCCAGUGGAAGUAGUAAUACAACAAAAAAAAAAGAUUUUGUUGAAUUAGAUGGUCGUUGGCGUUCAACAAAUCCAUCAAUAUUUGAAGAAGGUUUUAAUAAAGCUGAAGAUUUAGCACAUAAAAUGAAAGAAUUAGUACUUGAUCAACGACGUCCAUCUCAUGAAUAUUCACCGGAUGUGAGUGAUGAUGAGGGUCGAUAUUCGAAGAAGUCUGAUUUCCAUGAUAAACCAUGGAAUGAACAAAAAAAUGAUCAUCAAAGUAAACCAAAGGAAACAAAUUUUGAAGUAAGAAAGCCAUCAUUAACAACAAAUGAUACUCAACCGUCUUCACAAACUCGAGUAGGUUUGAUACGACUUUCUUCUACAACAAAUAAAAAACCACAAACAAUUCCACAAAUUCCGACUUCAGUUCCACCUCAAGCUCCUGUUGGUGAUUUAUUAGGUGACGAUGAUGGCUUUACACCAUACGUUCAAGCUCCAAGCGUUAAAUCUCCAAUUGAUGAUGAUUUUGGUCAAUUCCAUGAAGCACCAAACAUUCCAACGAAACAAGUGAUAUCUCCAAUUAAUACAGUACAACCUUCACUCUGGCCAACAGCAACAACAACAACAACAACUCCAUCACUUCCAGCAUCAUCAUUGCUAUUUGAUCCAUUUGAAUCAUUAGAACAAACUACAUCAACUUCAAGUAAUCUCGUCCAACCAAUAGAUCCAUCAUCAACAUCAUUAUUCACAACACCCAAUGUAACUUCUUCAAAUGAUUUAGAUCUAUUUAUGAUGCCAACUCAAACGACUCAACAAUCAUCAAUGUUUUUUCCUGCUCAACAACAACAACAGCAGCAGCAGCAAUCAUUUGGACGUCCACCGAUGUUUCAACAGCAACAACAAUCCAUGAUGUUUGCACAAACACAACAACAACAAUUUAAUAAACCAAAUAAUAAUGGAUUCAAUGCUGUAUUUCCUGAUUCAUCUCCGGCAGUUGCUCAAUCGCAGCAACUUGCCAACAUGGAGAAACAGAAUACUUGGACAUCAGCACAAGGUAAAAUUGAUAUAUCAUUAAAUAAUCUUAUACCACAUACACGUGGUGAUCCUCACAAAAAUUCUCUACCUCUGAAUCAAUUAACCAGUCCAACAAGUCCAACAAAUAGUGAUUUUUCAUCAUUAAUGAUGAUGAAUAACAAUACUCAAUCUAUAUUUUCGAAUUCAACACUUCCAAUGAACGGUUCUGGUAACCGUCCAAUACUCAAGUGA